UUUCGUGCGAACUUCAUGUUUUUACGACAAUGACUCGCAGUGCAGUCGGUCCAGUGCACCCAUGACAGCUAGGAAAAACUAAGGAACGUCGGAACGACGGACCAAAGAACGUCUUUCCGUGUGCUUUCCGGUGGUACCUCAGUGCCGGCGGUCAACUCGAAUCUGUCAAGUCCUCACUCAAUACCACUCGUUCGCCCCCAGGUGUGUAGUGCAGGUCCCAUGGCGCAGCAUGCGGUGCGGGAUUUGAAAUGCGAUAAAAGGCAUUUCAUCUGUCGAAAGCAGAUCGGCCUCGAAUGCAGGCUAUUUAUAUUGAGGCUGCAUGACUCGGAUGAAGUUUCCCUUUAUCUUGAACGCAUCGAUUUGUGAAAUUCGCAAUCAUGACUUCGUCCAGUCCCGUUGAUAGACCUGUCAAUGACUUGGCGAGCUGCCAGGGUACAAAGAUUGAGGAAAAACCCGAGAGCGCAGGGAAGCUUCCUAUUUCCACCAGUGCUACUUCAUGUGUUUUCCCCGAGGGAGGACUCCAGGUGUGGAUGACUGUUUUGGGAGUAUGGAUCAUCCAGUUUUCUACCUUCGGAUACACAAAUGCGUAUGGAGUUUACAAUGAUUUUUACAUCCGGGAAUACAUGGUCAACAAAUAUGCAUCAUCUCAGAUGAGCUGGGUUGGUAAUGUGCAGCUGAUGUUAGUGCUAUCUGUUGGUCUGGUCAGCGGAAGACUCUAUGACACUGGUUACUUCUAUCACCUCAUGAUCGGAGGAGGAAUAUUGUUCAUUUUCUGUCUCCUUAUGCUCUCUUUGAUGCAACCAGGGCAAUAUUAUCAGAUCAUUCUUGCUCAAGGGAUCGGGGCAGGUUUGGCGAUUGGAUUGAUGUACGUCCCCGGGAUCAGCGUGGUAUCUCAUUAUUUCCAAUGCCGCCGCUCUUUUGCGAUGGGAGUCGCGACUUCAGGCUCCGGCUUGGGCGGUGUCAUACAACCCAUAAUGCUAAACAAACUGUUCCACGGACCCGUGGGGUUCCACAAUGGCGUCCGCAUAAGUGCUGCGUUCAACGCUGGACUGCUGCUCAUAGCCAUAGCUUUGGUGCGAACGCGAUUACCGCCGAGCUCAAAGAAGGAGGGAAGUAUUCUUCUAGACAUGAGUCAUUUUUUCCGAGAGGGUACAUAUGCUACGACGGUCGUAGGGACCAUCAUCACUAUCUGCGGCCUAUUUUUCCCUGUCUUUUUCUUACAGUUAAAUGCGAUCAAAAAUGGUAUCAGCUCGGACGUAGCAUUCUAUGCGAUACCGGUAAUGAACGUAUUCACAGUUGUUGGCAGAAUCGUCUGGCCAGCGAUAGUCCCUUGGAUUGGGAUAUAUAACGUCAUUAUUCCCUGCGUCGGGAUAUGCUCGAUCCUGAUAUUCUGCUCGAUAGCAGUGAAGACUGUUGCUGCAACGUUCAGUUUCGCCACGCUGUAUAGUUUGUUUGCGGGGGGCUAUAUGGAAUUGUUUGCACCGAUGGUAGGUUCACUAGCCCGGAAAGACUCAGAAAUUGGGGCACGAAUGGGAAUAUGCUUUACAUUCACUGGACUCGGCGGACUCGUUGGAACUCCGAUAGCUGGCGCCCUCGUGACGUCGUCUUACACAUGGUGGAAGCCUAUCAUGUUUUCAGGCCUAUGUACAGCUUGUGGGGCUCUCCUUUUCGCAUGUGCUCGAUUUGGCGUAGCCAGGUCUAAGAGUACUCAAAAAGUGUAGGUCGAUGAUGAUGAUGAUGGUAUCCAUUAAAGUGUCUCGGACCCCUUUACGGGGUCCACGUCGCACUACAUGAG